AUGGCUUCCCUUGUCAUCUGCUGCUUUUUGGUGGUGCUGUUUUCAGCCUGCCAUGAAGUCAGCUCCACCUCGGAUCAGCUGUGCAUUGAGAAAGAAGCCAACAAAACAUAUAACUGUGAAAAUUUAGGUCUCAGUGAAAUUCCUGACACCCUACCAAACACAACAGAAUUUUUGGAAUUCAGCUUUAAUUUCUUGCCUACAAUUCAAAAUACAACUUUCAGCAGACUCAUAAAUCUUACUUUUUUGGAUUUAACCAGGUGCCAGAUUAACUGGAUACAUGAUGACACUUUCCAAAGCCAUCAUCAGUUGAGCACACUGAUAUUAACUGGAAACCCUCUGAUAUUCAUGGCAGAAACAGCAUUUAACGGGCCCAAGUCACUGAAGCAUUUGUUCUUAAUUCAAACAGGAAUAUCCAGUCUUGAGUUUAUCCCACCUCACAAUCUGGAAAACUUGGAAAGUUUGCAUCUGGGGAGCAACCAUAUUUCUUCCAUUAAGCUCCCAAAUGAUUUCCCAGCAGGGAAUCUGAAAGUCUUGGAUUUUCAGAAUAAUGCUAUACACUACUUUUCUAGAGAAGAUAUGAACUCUCUGAAGCAAGCCACCAACCUAAGUCUUAACUUCAAUGGCAAUGACAUUAAAGGUAUUGAGCCUGGGGCUUUCAGUUCACAAUUCUUCCAAAGCUUGAACUUUGGAGGGACUCGUGACUUGUCUGUCAUAUUCAAUGGUCUACGGAACUCUACUAUUCAAUCUCUCUGGUUGGGGACAUUUGAGGACAUUGAUAACCAAUAUCUAAGUUCAGCCACAUUUCAGGGUCUUUGUGACACAUCUGUUGAGAGCAUCAACCUGCAAAAGCAUCAUUUCUCUGACUUCUCCUCCACCACGUUUCGAUGCUUUGCCCAACUCCAGAAUCUGGAUCUAACAGCCACUCACCUGCAAGAAUUACCCUCUGGGAUUGAGGGUAUGAACUCACUCAAGAAAUUAGUUCUCAAUGUAAAUAAAUUUGACCAAUUGUGUCAAAUCAAUGCUGCCAAUUUCCCCUCCCUUACACACCUCUAUGUCAAAGGCAACAUGAAGAAGCUUCACCUCGGUACUGGCUGCUUAGAAAAACUAGAGAAUCUUCAGAAACUUGAUUUAAGCCACAGCGGCAUAGAAGCUUCUGAUUGCUGCAAUCUGCAGCUCAAAAAUCUUCCCCGACUGCAAAGUCUAAACCUGAGCUACAAUGAGCUCAUUGGUUUUCAGAGGGAGGCAUUCCAAGCAUGUCCUCAGCUAGAGAUCUUGGAUUUGUCAUUUACCCACUUACAUGUGAGUGCACCACAAAGUCCUUUCCAAAACCUUCAUCACUUGAAGAUUCUGAAUCUCUCUCAUAGCUUCCUUGAUACCAGCAAUCAGCUUCUUCUAGCAGGCCUGCCAGACCUUCGGCAUCUGAACUUACGGGGGAAUCGUUUUCAAGAUGGGAGUAUCCCGAAGAACAACCUACUUCAGACAGUGGGAAGCUUGGAGAUUCUGGUGUUAUCCUCCAGUGACCUCUUGUCCAUAGACCAGCAGGCCUUCCACAGCCUUGAUAAAGUGAGUCACGUAGACUUAAGUCACAAUAAUCUGACAUCAAAUAGCAUUGAUGCUCUUAGCCAUCUUAAGGGGAUCUACCUCAAUUUGGCUGCUAAUGCUAUUGGCAUUAUCUCACCCCAUCUCCUCUCCAUCCUGUCCCAGCAGAGCACUAUUAAUUUAAGUCACAAUCCCCUGGACUGCACGUGCUCAAACAUUCACUUUUUAACAUGGUACAAAGAAAACCUGCAAAAACUUGAGGACUUGGAGGAGACUGUGUGCGCAAAUCCCCCAUCACUACAGGGAGUUCAACUGUCUGAUGUCCAGCUGUCCUGUGGAAUUACCCCCGUGGGAAUUUUAUUUCUAACAGUAUUUUUCCUCUUGGUCUCCAUUCUACUCAUUUUCGCAAUUAAAUUCUUUCUCAGGUGGAAAUACCAACACAUUUAGUGCUGAAGGCUUCUAGAGAAGGCAAACAGAACGUGUUAGGCACAACUGCCUUAACUGGAGAAAUAGUUGGAUGUGGGUAACCAGACUCU